AUGCAGGACUUCUUGAGGACGAUGGGGGGGAAGUGUCCAACGCAGAAGAUUGUUGGUAUUUGUUGGGGCCACGAGACAAUCCACCUCGCUUUUGGAGGCUUGAUUGGUCCUAUGGAUGGUUUUGAGGUCGGCGUAACGCCCAUCGCACUAACCAGCCCCGGCUCCACCUUCUGCUCUUCUUACCUCCCAUCGAUAGAAGCGUACAGCAUCCACGAGUUCCACGAGUUGGAGGUCAAGACUCCCGGUAAGGGGUUUACCGCUUUGGCAGAAAAUAAUCUAUGCUUGGUCAACGCGGCCAAUAUCAUUCUAACUUUCCAGGGUCAUCUAGAGGUUUCCGUGAAAUUGCCGAUGCUCUUGUUGAGCUAUACGCCAAGGUAUACGGGCGCUAGUGUAGCAGAGAAGGAGGCGCUGGACAUGAAGAUUGCCAGCCCGUACGAUGGGAUUGCAAUCUGGAAGAAGAUCGUGCAUUGGGCUGGCGAGGUAUAG